UGUAGGCGGUUAACCAUUCUCCGACUGUUAGCUAGGAGCAUCAUUCAAAAAAAUAAAUAAUUAAAAUUAAAAAUAACGCUGCUGGUUAAAGCCGCUGGCCUGUUUUAGCGAAAAAACCAACAAUGUAAACCUUUAGUAAUUUUAAGCUUCCUAAUGAUGGACUCCAUGUCAUCAGCCCUGCACACGGCUUCAAGCCCAGCAUGCAGAGCUCUGCCCGGGGAAGGAAGUCCGGUCCAGCCCAAGGCUCCCCUGCUGCAGAUUCUCCGGGUAGCUGGAGCUCAGGAGGAGGUUUUCACUCUGAAGGAGGUCAUGCACUACCUUGGCCAGUACAUUAUCGUGAAGGAAUUGUAUGACAAACAGAGGCAGCACAUAGUUCAUUGUCAAGAUGAUCCACUUGGCGAGCUGCUGGAAGUGGGAAGCUUUUCUGUCAAAAGUCCCAGCCCUGUCUAUGAGAUGCUGAAGAGGAACUUGCUCAUUCUGAGUGACUCAGACGCGGCAAAGAAUGUUUCAGUCGGCCAGGAUUCUAAUCAGUCUCCAUGUGAAGAUCCCGGUCAGGUCUCCAGCAAGAUGUGUAUUUCUGGAACAGCCCUUAGUGAUGGCAGUACAUGUGCCAUGCAGAACUCCUCUCAACGAAGACCACGAGAUGAAGAUGAUGACUCAUUAAAUGGGAUGCCCAGAUCAGCCUGUAAGCGGCCAAAGCUGGAUGUGAGUCUGGACGAAUGGGACCUGUCUGGUCUGCCCUGGUGGUUUCUGGGUAACCUGCGCAGUAACUACACCCGUAGGAGCAAUGGCUCCACUGACAUCCACACAAAUCAAGAGGAGGACACUGCUGUGGUGUCAGACACUACCGAUGACCUGUGGUUUCUCAACGAGGCAGAGAGCGAGCAAGUUAGUGUGGAGAUGAAGGAAGCGGUGCUUGAACAGGGCAGUGACUCCGAGUCGCCUCAGGAGGAAGAGGAGCAAGGGAGGGACAGCAAAGAGGACAAGGAGAUGCAGGAGGAGCUGGAUGAUGACUCGCAGUGUCUUAGCGAUGACACGGACACCGAGAUCUCCACACAGGAUGCUUGGCAGUGCUCAGAGUGUCGCAAGUUUAACUCGGCCACUCAGCGAUACUGCAUGCGUUGCUGGGCACUGCGUAAGGACUGGUACAAGGACUGUACGCGCCUAUCACACGCCGUUUCAAUUACCGACCUCCCAAAUUCCAAAGAUGAAAACGAGUAUGAGGAUGAUGGCAUCGACGUGCCCGACUGCCCGAGAGUCAUUUCAGACCCUGUCAUCCUGCCUUCACAUUGGGUAUCCCGUGAUUUACCUGCCCUGCCUGCAUCUGGCAAGGGCAAAGCACCACGCCGGGUGCUUCAGAGUCCCCAGGAGAGCCAGGAAGGGCGCACAGUCAUGCUGGAACCUUGCAGGCUGUGCCGUGUGCGACCACGUGACGGCAACAUCAUUCAUGGGAGCACAGCGCACAUGCUCACCUGCUUUCCCUGCGCGCGCAAGCUACAUAAGUGCCAUGCGCCAUGCCCUGGCUGUGGCCAGAUCAUUCAGAAAGUCAUCAAGGUGUUUGUAGCCUGACACACCAAGUGUACAGGGGGCUCUGUGUCCUAAUAAACAAAUAGCAGGCAUGUAAAAAUAAACAUUUAAAAAAAGGCCAUAUGAAUAUGGUAUACAAAGUUUUUCAUGUCUAACAACUAAUUAAAGGUUUGCAUGUAAAAUAUACAUAUGUAAGUUCUACAGAGCAUCCUGUUUGAAUGUAGAAGGUGUGAAGUAAUGACCAGUAACAAUGCAUAAUUUGUAAAUAGCUUAUUUCUUGUGUAUGUCAGUGUUUGUAUAUAAUGUACUAAACAGAGAGCUUCAGUCGUGCAUGCAUAUUUUGCAUGCAUUAUGAUCGGAGAUGUACAUAUUUCUAUUCAGGUGAAGGAGGCAGAAAGCAACACAUAGCAUGGUACUUCCUGAUGCUUGUGUACUUACCACAGCACACCAAGAAACCCAAUUCCUGCAUUAAGUAAAACUUCAUACUUAUCUACAUUUGCACAGAAGCUUAGCUCAUGCUACCAUGGUGUAAUGUAAUAAUUCACCCUGUGCUGGGUUUUAAGCUAAAUAUUGUAUAAAUUAUUUAUUUAUGGACAUUAUCUUUCCAUUUUAUGGGGUUGUUCUGUUUGCUGUCUAGUUAGACCAACUCUACAUGUGAUUGAACCACAAUUGUAUUAAUUUUUACUUGUACUUUUUUUUUUCUUUUCUUUUUGGUGCGUAUUUUGCAUAGGUCUGACACCUUUUUGAGAGUAGCACUUUGUACAGAUUUCUGUAAAUAUUCUAAAUGCCUGUGAGCUUAAAAUACCGCUAUUAUAUCUCUCAGCAAAUACAUAACCGCCUAUGUGCCACUGUCUUGAGAUGACUGGCCUGCACAGCUUGGUGUUUCCUCAGAGCUUAGAGUUUUAGAUCAAACAGGCCAUGAGGUCUCAGUUCCGCUCCAGUGCUUGAUGAAAAAUCAGUCGCUUUCUGUCAUCGCCCUCAUCUCAAGUUAAAGUCCUGACCAAUUCUGAGCAUCACUGAAGUGUGAACGUCGAGGAACAGAAGAUCUCUAGAGCGCCAUUAAGGCCUGCUUUCCCUUUUACACUGUGCCUUUAUGCUUUCUUUUUUGUCUGUGAUCUCUUGUAUCCUGUGUAGUAUGUACAGAAAAAAGCCAAUGCAGAGGAAGCUGGUUUCCAGGGUUCGAAGCGACACUUGUUUCAGAUUUUGCCAAAUGAUUUCUUAACAAAAUUUAUCGCUGGUGAGUGUAAAAAAAAAAAAAAAGUUUUAGCACUUCUUCAUUGAGUUGCUGCACCGGUUCUUCCUUUUCACAGAUGAGCAGAUUCUAAAUGGUUUAUGCUGAUACUUGUUUAUCUUUGACUUUGCUUUCUGUUUGUAGGAUGUGGUGGGAG